GAUUAUCGCAUUCAUUUUCGGAACAUACACAAGCCGAGGGGUGAAUGCGACGAAUAUAAAUAAUGUAGUGUGCGUCUUUUAGUUAAAAAGUCGUUUAAUAAUUAACGAUUUAUCUGUAUGUGCUGUACGUCGAUGUUACGAAUCAUGCUCGCCCGAUGAAAAAUUGUGCCUUAAAAAAUUCGUGACAUUUCGAUUGUUCGAGUUGAGAGAAAGACAGGGGUUUGUUGUUACCUGUGAACGAGGACAAUAGGGUAGGGACUCGCAGUUUCUCGGUAUUUGUAACCAAAAGAAUUGACGAAACCUACUAUCCGAGAGAGAAAGAGUACCCGGUGACGUUUUACGAAAUGUCAGUUCCCAUUAUGAUAAGACUGUACGCAUUAGUGUUGUGAGUACUAUUGUGAUACGAAUGUCAAUCCAGUUUGAGGUUAAAACCCACAACACUCUAUGUAAACGUAUAUCUAAUUUUAUCCCGCCUACAUUGGACAAUAGAAUCAAAUGUGAUAAGUUAUAAGGCCAGCCUUUAACUUGUCUACCUUUUAUGCCAGAGGAAUGGUAUGACGAUGCAGGCUGUUGGAAAAUAGUUCUUGUACAUUGUGGUGAUCCAUUCUGGUGUAUCGUCUAUGCAUUAAUGUGUGUACACCAUUUGUGUUAUGUUUCAAUCUGAGUGAAUAGAGAACGUAAAAUCAUGGCAGAUCGGGAUUAUGAUAUGGGUCCUGCAACAGAAAUGAUGGUAAAUGAUUUUGAUGAUGAACGAACAUUGGAUGAAGAAGAAGCGUUAGAAGGUAGUGAAGAUUCUCACAACGAGUUGUCCAAUUUGCAAAAGGAUCAAGCCUGAGAAAUGAAAAAAUCGAGCCCAUAAAUAAUUACAAUUAUGAUAAGUUUCUGCAACACUUUGGACUCAAAGAAGGUGAUAUGCCACUGAAAGAUCUACUUGCCAUGUACGGGUACGGUGAUCCCUCGACGGAGAACUCGAACAGUUCCGAUCACAUGUUACUGCCAUCUGGAAGUGGUGAUCCUGAGACCGAGGAGCAUUACUCGGAUAAAGGUGACAACGAUGCGGACGACGAUGAUGAUGACGACGAGGCCGAUGCGGCUAGCAACGAGCCGGAUCUCAAGCAAUUCUACACAGAAAUGCUGGUGAAAGGAAAGGAUAAGGCGUCAUCAUUAUCAGGAUCAACAAUGAAAAGCAAUAGCAGUGGUGGAGUAGUCAGUAGAGACAAUAGGAAGCGUAGAAUGGACGAUGACGAAGAUGAUGAUGAAGACGCCGAAGCCGAAGAAUGCUCGAUGACUGACACUCGAAGUGGAAACGGAAAGAAAACUAGAUCGUCGCCUACGAUAGUGAACGCUAAUGCUGUUACAUGCGACGGUAUAGUUAAUUUAGGUACAGCCAGUGUUGCCGACAGUAUUGUCGAAGAAAGUAGCGCCAGUGGUGCGAUAGAUGGUCCAGAAGAUAGGAUAGUCAGUGCGGGAAUAGGCAGUGGCAGUUCGAGAUUGUUACGAAGUGUUUCAAGGCCGCAAAGCGAGGAAGAAGAAGACGAUUGCGACUACAGUCCAGAUGAAGAAGAAUGGAAGAAGACAAUCAUGGUUGGUACUGACUACCAAGCAGCAAUACCAGAAGGUCUAUGUCGUUACGACGAUGCGUUGCCGUAUGAGAAUGAAGAUAAGAUGUUGUGGGAUCCCAGUCAUAUAUCCGAAGAAGAUACGGAAGAAUUUUUGGAACGCGCGCAACUUCCGGCGGUAAAGGGUGGCUCAUUACCGGCUGGAUCUCAUAUUAGGGAUGACGAACAGGCCUUGUAUCUUCUAUUGCAAUGCGGUUACAACCUCGAUGAAGCAUUGCGAAGACGUCGAAUGAACGUACUUCCUCCUACGGAUGCAGUGAGUCUUUGGUCAGAAGAGGAAUGUCAUAAUUUUGAAUCUGGAUUGCGCACUUAUGGGAAAGAUUUUCAUCUUAUACAAAAGAAUAAGGUGAGAACAAGAUCUGUUGGAGAGUUAGUGCAAUUUUAUUACUUAUGGAAGAAAACGGAGCGGCAUGACAUAUUUACGUACAAAGCUCGAUUAGAAAAGAAAAAAUAUGCUCUGCAUCCUGGUAUCACCAGGGACUAUAUGGACCGAUUCCUGGAGGAACAAGAGGGAGUGCGAGAUCGCAGCAGUUCGCCUAACGUCCAUUGUUUGCUGUAUGGUGACGCUAAACGACAAAGAUCCAGCACCAACGUGAUUAAUAAUGACGAAUCCAAAUCGACAGAGCCUUGGGAUGGAAAUGCUGUCGAUCCGUUGGCAGAGAUCAACGGUCCAACGGCGCCGCCACCACCGCCACCUCCACCACCACCGCCCUUGGUAACGUCGGCUGCAGUUACCAUGUCCUCCUCAAUGUGCAAUUCCAGCGCUUUAACUACACCGACGUACUGUUCGUCGUCAAUUAGUCAUCCAGACUGUCCUUCGUCCGAAUCGGGUUGUGCGAACUCGCUAGCAGACCGCUGGAGCGACCUAGCGUCUCGAAGUCAACCUACCUCCUCCGUCAUCACAACGAUAACGAUCAAUACUACCACAGCUACUAUGUCUACGACAAUGGUUACAGGCCUCGGCUCGACAAAUACAGUUACUACUAGUUCCACCGCCUCUGCCGCUGCUGUCUCCAAUAAUUACUAUCAUCAGCGAGUAACAUCAUCUAGGAGCAAUGAUUCCCACGAUACACCCUCACCUGAGAACAUUUUACCUCAUUUGCCCCCUUAGCGUCUAAUUCGACCUUCAGGUGUUCAGCCUGAAAGGCGGCGGAUGUCUUUACGCGGUGUGCCUAACUCGGCACUCACAUCAUCGCUAAUGUCUUAACGCAUAAUAAUAUUCAUUAAUAUCAAGGAUUAUAUUUUUAUACCGUAUCGUAAUUAUUCAUUGUCCUUAGCACGUGAGUGCAUAAUGUUAUAUAUAGUAAUGCGGAAGAUGAAGGAAUGUGCAUUUGCGAGGAAAAGAGACUAAAGUAUAUAUAUAUAUUAUAUAUAUAUAUUGUAUGUAAGAUUCAAAAUAAAAAUUAAAGAUAAUUAAUUGAGCGAAAAACGAGCGGGGAUUACUGUAGCUUUCUCUAUUUUUCUUCUCCCCGUUUCUGAAGAAAUAUUCUAGAAAAAAGGUGUAUUUAGAUUGAAAUUGAUAUCUCGGUUGAAACCGUAAUAGUUACAGUCAGUGAAUCGACAGAGAACUGAAACGGCAUCACAUGCACCAUUAUUGUAAUUAAUAUGUAAUUCACAAUUUGUCCAAAGCACAUCUCUGUCUUUGGAUUGGCAAUAAAUUUGUAAAAGACGAAAUCUCGUGGAACUUGUCAGUUCAAACCAAAAUAAAUAAAAAGUAAUAAAUGUUCA